UUUUGUUUCUAUUGAUAGGUCCAGAAGUUACUGCGGGACUUGUAAUCAAACUGCAAGAUCUGAUUUCAUGAAUCCUGAUGUUCAAGGAGGGAUUUUAUGUAGAUCUAGUGAUGGAGACAAGCUCCAUGAUUCAAGUAACAGGGAUUCGGCACCUGAAAGAGAACGCAAAAGGCCUGAUGAAGAACGUAUGUUACAGGUUUAUAGAAGUGAUGAGGAAGCUACUGCACCUGGAAUGGUGGCAACUAGUUUGGUGCAUACCAGCUUUAAGGGCACUGAUAAUGAGGCGAAGGGUGAGCUUGAAAAGGCUUGUCGUCUUGCUGCUUUGAAGAAGUUAGAAGAGAUUAGAAUGAAGAAAGAUACUCAGACUUUUCACCGUAGGGAGCCUAUUGAAAGUUUGAAAAUUUGCACCGAAGAAAAUAUACAUGGUAGAGUCCUGGAGAAAGCUAAUUCAAGUAAAGUGGAAGUAUGUGAAAUUUCUAUAAAGAGAAGGAUUUAGUAUUCAAUGAGGUCAGUAAAUCUUCAGGUUAAUAAUUUGUGCCCUUGUUUUGCCAGCCAAUAUCUGAAUAUCGGAAAGCCUUCUACAUAAUGCUGUAAAGUGUAAAGUAGAGCAAGGUAUGCUAUUGCCAUCAGAUGCCUGUCUGGAUGUUCCUGUAUUUUGCAGAAACGAUGUAUCACCAUUCUUCAGGUGUAUGUCUCCAUUUAUGAUGGUUGUGUGAAGUGUUCAUUUCUUUGGAAAGUUCCUCAUCUUGUAUAUACUUCAUACACUUUAAGGGCUGUUAGGCUUUUAGAUUUUGAGAUGAAAAAACAGCAAAAGGAAACAAAAAUUAUUGAGAUAGAGCAUGGAAGAAAUUUUGUUCAUUCCAAUAUGGUAAAAAAUGCCUCUGGUUAAUGUUUCUCA